AUGGUGUCUUUUGAAUCACCAUUUAGUACUGAAGCGAGGGUCAUUGAUGCUUAUCGUUCAUCAUUAGUUCCAGAAAUAGUACAAGUAUUAAUGUGUGCAGGAGAUUGGUAUAUGUGCCUUCAUGGAGCGAAAAAAAGACAAAGGCGGACUACGAAGGGAAGAAGAGUAUUUAAUCAUUUGAGUGGUAUCCAAUUGAACGAUAGGGCUGAUGUUCAUUUGUGGAAUGCCGAAGAGGAUGGAAAGUUAAAGUCUAACAAGAUUUGGAAUGUCAUAAGGGAAAGAGGUCAAGUUGUUAAUUGGGCAGCUCUUGUUUGGUCUUCUAAAGUCAUCCUGAUGCAUCGUUUCAUUCUUUGGUUGACUUUCCGUAGAAGACUUAGCACUCGGGAUCGAAUUCAAGUUUACAUGGACAUUCCAGAUGCUAGUUGCUUACUUUGUGAUGGAAAUGUGGAGGCGAUUGAUCACUUACUCGGGGGUUGUCCGUUUACAAGGCAUGUGUGGAAUAAGUUCACUUCGGCGAUGUUGGAGGCGUGGGAGGAAAUUAUAGUUGCUGCCCAAGAUAGAACUAGGGCAAAUAAAUUUCCAGCAAAUAUUUUUAAGUACAAUUUUGCCUCUAUCGUGUAUCAUGUUUGGGCCGAAAGUAACGCACGGGUGUUUGAAAGAGUGCGUCGAAGUAUUGACCAAGUUUGGAGUGAUAUUGUAUUUGAUUGCGGGGCACUUAUGAGGGCAUGGAGGAGGAUCCCCAAAGGCAAACGCGCAUGGAAUCUUUUUCGGGAUUGA